UGUAAUCACUUGGCCACCGCAGAUCAUAGCCGCAGACUUUCCCAUGUAAUCUUAAAAACGAGAUAAAAAACAUAAUAUAUUUCUAAAUAAUUAUGUGAUAGGCCUAGUAGGUACAUAUGUAAAUAAAACAGCCCCUAUUUUGUUGUUUUUAAAUAUUUUGAUUUUUGUGCCACCAAUGAAAGUCAUGAACAUUAAAGUUUGGUUUUGGUUAGAUUUUUGGUGCCUAGCAAAUUAUGUGUUAAGUUUCUAAAGAAUUAUGUUUGUUAUUGGAAUAUUUAUACAUCUGGUGUUUUUAUUUUCGAUAUUUGAUAUAUAUUUCAAAUCGCCUAUUGUGAAUAAUGCCAAUACUUAUAAACCUCUUCAUGAUGCACCUGCUGAUCGCUUGGUUUUGUUUGUUGUUGAUGGACUGAGAGCUGAAUCAUUCGUGAAUUACACUACAAUGCCAUAUCUAAGAUCUGUGGCAAACAAUCAUGGCAGAUGGGGAAUUUCGCACACCAGAGUCCCAACAGAGUCGCGUCCAGGUCAUGUUGCCAUCAUUGCAGGGUUUUAUGAAGAUCCGUCAGCCAUAGCAAAAGGCUGGAAGGAGAACCCUGUAGAUUUUGAUUCUGUUUUCAAUCAAAGUGAAUUCACAUGGUCUUGGGGGACAUACGAUAUUCUGGAAAUAUUCACAAAGGGUGCUGUGAAAAAUAAUAUUUUUGUUGAGAAACUUGAUCCAUAUGAUCAGUCAUUUAGCUCAGACAAGAAUACAACAUUGCUAGAUGACUGGGUCUUUACAAGAGUCAAAGAUUUCUUCCACAAAGCAAACUAUGAUGAGAAACUGAAAAAAAAAUUACAAAGAAAGAAGAUUGUGUUUUUCCUUCAUUUGUUGGGGACUGACACUUCUGGUCACACUCAUAAACCAAAAACAAAAAAUUUCAUUACAACCAUAAAGUUUGUUGAUGAGAAUAUUAGAGAAAUUGAACAAAUUAUAAAAGACUUUUACAAUGAUGAUGGUAAAACAACAUUCUUGAUGACUUCUGACCAUGGAAUGACAGAUUGGGGUUCACAUGGAACAGGAGAUGACGAUGAAACAAAGACACCUUAUGUCUUGUGGGGAGCUGGAGUUCAGCAAGUACAAGAUAAAGUUGAAACAAUGGAUCCUGAGACUCAUUUGAUGUCCUCGGAGAACAGAUAUGACAUAAACCAGGCAGACUUAACACCAUUGAUGGCAACUUUUAUUUCUAUACCUGUACCAGUGAACUCCAUCGGUCAGCUUCCAAGUGGCUUGCUUCAAAUGUCCCUGCUAAACAAAGCAAAAGCCAUUUACAGCAAUUGCAGGCAGAUGGUAUCACAGUACAAUAAAAAAAGAUUAGAUGUAGAAGCCAGUGCCAUUUCAAUACUUUACCAACCUUUCGAAGCAUUCGAUGGAAAGAAAGUCCAAGAGAUAAUUAGCUUUACAGAAAAAUUAUUAGAGGAUGAACAGUAUGAAAAAGUUAUCAAACUCAGCGAAGAAAUUAUGCAUUUGAGUCUAAGUGGUCUCACUUAUUACCACAAUUACUACCAAAAACCGUUACUCGUGACAGUGACCCUCUCGUUUUUAGGCUGGAUUAUGUGCCUACUAAGAUUUCUAGUUGAACAAAAAAUGUGCGCACAGACAGAAAUGCCAAGAAAUAAAAAUCAAAGGUUAAUAAGGAGCACUAAAACUAUAGAUAGGGUAAUGAAAGUAUUGGCUGUAUUUGCAUCUAUGCUGUUAUCUCUUCUGAUUUAUGUACAAAGUUUACCAGUUCAGUAUUAUAUUUACUUCUUGAUGCCCAUAUUUUUAUGGCUCUAUGCUUUAACACCUGUUGAUUUAUGGAUCCAGACUCUGAAUUUGUUGAAUAAUAAGAGAAGAAUAUAUUUCUUGGGCAUAGAAAUACUUUGUUAUACUUUAGGAUCUAUUGCUUUGGGGCUAGCGCUAACACACAGAUGGGUGUUGAGUAUCCCACUGUUGGGCAUGAGCUUGUGGCCGUUUUUCUCAGCGUCAAUACAUAAACUGCCAAAGUUGGUGUGUGUCGCAUGGCCGAUCGGGUGUGUGUUGCUAAGUGCUUUUUCAUUCACACCCGUGAUAGGAAAAGAGUCUUGUAUUGAAUUAGUUGUCUCAGCUGGAUUAAUAUGGCUAUUCAUACACAGUAUGUACAUUUGGAAAUGUUUGCUGCCAAAAAGUGAUGAUCAAGAUGUUAUGAGAGAGAUGAUCAUAAGUAUCAUUCAGAUAUUUUUGCUGGCAUCGUCUGUGCAAAUUACAUACGUGCAAGCGAAACGGUUUGAAGAAAAUUUACCGAUCUCACAAACUCUUCAAACUGUGUGUUGGAUUAUGUCAGUAUUGCUUCCACUGAUUCCACUGUUAUACACAAAAAAGUUUAUUAAUCGCCUGGUGGGAAUAAACACAGCGAUUCUCAACUUUUAUCUUUUAUUGUCUGUGGCGCAUGAAGGCUUGUUUAUGGUUACUUUGAUACUGAGCGUGAAUUGCUGGAUGUUUCUUGAGUUUAAACUUAGUAAUUUUCGCAAUGCAAAGAUAGACGAAUGCAUCUUUGAAGAGGAAACAAGUUCUAACGGCGAAAAACAUUUGGUUUGCAUAGAACGCAGUAUCAACAGCCAAGAUUUCAGAAGAGCCUUUUUCUAUACAUUGUAUAUAAUUUUAGCCUAUUUCGGCACGGGUAAUAUAGCAUCACUCAACUCUUUCGAAGUGAGAUGGGUGUUAUGUUUUACAACUUCAUUUCAGCCUUUCAUCAUGACUGGUUUAAUUUUACUAAAAACCCUUUCUCCAUUUUUAAGCGUCGCUUGCACGUUCAGAGCAAUACAAUAUUUGACUAAGGCUCCUUUUGGAUGCUUAAAUAUAAUUGUGCUAAUAUUUUCGAAUAUCAUGGGACUCCACAUGCUCUAUCAUGUCAGAAAUACAGGAAGUUGGCUUGAGAUAGGCACAUCAAUAUCUCAAUAUAUUAUAGUACAGGUUAUAACUUUAUUCAUUGUUUUAAUAAAUAAAAUUGGCAAAAUUUUAACUGAAAUCGAAAUUCACAGUUUAAUAAUUAAGCUCUUCAAAAACAGAAAGAAAUAUGUGUAAUGAUGUUUUUUUUGUGAUUUCUCAUUUUGAAUAAAAUAUUUCGUGUAACGUGGCGUCUUUA